AAUAGUUGUGUUGGCAACAAUGAGAAGAUAAGCACAAGAUAAAUAAAAAGAAAAAAUAGUGGUGCCCUACGUCUCUAUUUUUUCGGUUUUAUUCUAAAAAUUGUGUAUUUUCUAGUGUUUUUCUCAACUCGGGAACUAUUGGCAAUAAUAUAAAAUAAGUAUUGCUUGUAUUUCUUAUAAAAAAAUAGUGAAAUAUCCACGGAUCAAUAGCAUGAUACACAAUAGUGAAAUGACUGUUUCCCCUCUUGCUUAAUAAUUAGCGAUCGAAUGGUGAUAUCGCUCGUUGAAUAAUUACAUUAUUAUUCACUUAUUCUGAGUAAUAUCGGUUUGUAAAAGUGCGAGAUAAUGAAUUCCAAUAACCACAACCCACAUCGCAGAAACUCCUCUAAUUUUAACAGGCACAACAAUAAUUUACCAAAUCGAUCUAAUCAUCCAAUAAAUCAUCCCCAUAAUCACCAAAAAUGGCCAAGCAGAUACCCUAAAGAAUAUAAUAGAGAAUAUGAAACUAAUUUCAAUAGACGUGAAUGUCUAGUUGCUCCUAAUGGUAGUCCGAAAGAACCCAAUCAUUUGCAUAGUUACCCAAAGAAUCCUCAACUGAGUCCUGGGGCCAGAAACAACCAUACUCAUUACAACAACGAAGCCUCAGGUCAUCAAACUCUUCGCGUGGUUUCGAUGCCGAUCGGUCACGGCGGUAACGGCGGUACCCAAAAUUUCCAUCCGAACGCAGGAGUUGCGGUAUCCAACAAUGGAGAUCGUCGACAUAUUCCGAGUUUAGUGGAUAGGCGGCACAUUUCACCGCCGUUGCAUAUCAACAUUUGCGAUAACGGUAACAGCAUGAUGAAUAUGAAUUCUCCACCAGCUGAAGGAAUGCAAAUCCAUCAGAGAGCCAUGAUGGAUUUUUCGCAUGGGAGAAGGAGACACGGUAUCGAUAUGCGCGUGAGUCCCGUACACUUCCAACAGCACUCGCCGUCGUUUUACAGACAGUCCAGCGACGAAUACAUAAAAAGCGAGAGUCCUUCGUGCAAACGCAGACGUUUAUCCCGAUCUAGUCACCACGUAGAUUUGAACGUGCAACCCCCGUCGCCCCCACGACGUUCUCCGAGACAACACCCCCCAUCUACAUCUCAUCCGCCGAUGCAGGUACCGGUAACGAUUCCGGUGAAUCACGAAACGGUUUGGAGUUACACGUCUCCGCACGUUUCUCUGUGCACCGUACCGCCGAGCGCGCCGCCUCACAUGCACAAUUGCCAUUUACAUAACGUAUACGCCGCCGUACCGCCUCUAGUACCGCAACAGUUUCCGCCCGGUUGCAUCCCUCAUCAGACUUUCGCCACUUUCGGUCCACCGGCACCUAGUGCCGUGCCGAUGCCGACUCAACAUUACCCCCAUCAACGUAUACCUCCGCAGAGACCCGACACAUUCGAAUUGGAUCUACUCAACGACCAUCAUCACCACGCUCACACCCAUUCCGCCAUACACGGAGCAUCCUCCUUACACGUACCCCCCAUACAAAUGUCUUCGCCGGCUUCUCUCUUCCUAUCUACGGAAACGCGAGGAGCUACUCCUCUCGACCUGUUACACGCCGCUCGUUCGCGUCAGCACAGGAACGCUCGUCUACCGCCUCCUAGGACACGUUGGCAUCACAGUCCGCCUUUGAUAGCCGCCCCGGCGGGUUUCUUGUUACAUUUCUUUACCAUGUUUUCGAAUUCCCCGAUGUCGCCGUUCAGCCAGAGCAGUUCGGAUACUACCGAAACCGAAAAUUACGAAGCCCUUUUGAAUUUGGCGGAACAAUUGGGGGAGGUGAUUCCCCGGGGGUUGAGUAAACUCGAAAUCGAACAAUUGGUCAGUUACAAAUACGACGCCGAGACGCACGAAGGGGAUCAGACGUCGUGCGUCGUCUGCAUGUGCGAUUUCGAAGCUCGACAAAUACUCAGGGUGUUGCCGUGCUCGCACGAAUUCCACGCCAAAUGUAUCGAUAAGUGGUUGAGGUCGAACAGAACCUGUCCAAUUUGCAGAGGUGACGCUUCGGAUUAUUUCACAAAUAGUGAAUAGAGUGUUUUUUCGCCUUUAUCACACAAAUUACCCCACUUCUAUAUAUUUUCCAAAAAUUAAAAAAAAAAAAAAUAACAAAAAUAAAAAUUAAUACUUGAAUAUCACCAAUUGCAACGCUUUAAGAGUAAUUUUUGUGUCGGGUGCCAUUAGUUGCCAGUAAUCAUAGAUUAAAUGUCAUGUUAUUUUCUAUUAAUAAUAAUAAUUAAUAAUAAUUAAUUAAUUAAUAAUAAUUGUUAAUUUUAAGGAUGCAGCAAUAUAUCGGGGUGUCUCGUCAUUCGAUUUUCUUUUUUUUUUUUUUUCGUUUUUCAAUCCAAAGAAAUUUAAGGAGUUUAAAUUCCGUCCUUCACUUUACAGGGUGAUUCAACAAAUAUGAUUAUUUACCGUUUCGAUAAUACUCGCCAUUUUUUUUUUUUUUUUUUUUUUCAUUUUCUUAAUUGAUCCGCAAAUUAUUAUUUUCAUAAAUUUAUUCGCAGCUUCGAAUUUUCCUUAUUUUUUUUUUAUUAUUUUCGACAUACCCUGUGAUUAUUACUCCGGCAGCUUGUUUUCUUCUCUUCCAAUAAAAAAAAUCCUCUUUUGUUUAAAAAUCGAUGUAUUUGAUCUCAAAACAAAAUAAUGUACAGAUUGUAUCGAUAUUAGGACAAAAGGGGGGGCUUUCGAUUUUUUAUUUUUUUUUUUAAUUUUUUUUUUCGUUUUUCGCACCACGUAAGGCUCAAAAACGACGACGAGACACCCCUCCUCCUCCUCCCCCCCGUUGAGAUGCGAACUAAUUAAUUAUAAUUAUUUUUUUUUUAAUUUUAAUUUAGUUUAAUUUUUUUUUUAAUUAAUUUUUUUUUGUUUUUCGUUUUAUUCCGAAACGAAAGGCGUCGAAAAUUGUUUUUCUUUUUUUCUUUAUUUUUUUCCAUUCGCAAUUAACGUGGAUGUAGGGUACUACUAUUUUUUACAUCGAUUUAGGUAUGGUACCGGUCCGGCAACGUCGCAAUCUCACAAUACCCACGGUUAUCCUUUUUCACGAAAUCCGGGAUUAAAAAAAUGGAAGUUCGGCAACGUCGCAAUUUCUAUGAAAUUCUCUCCAAUUUCUGGUGAUCCGGGGAAAUAGUGAAAAUUCGGCAACGUCGCGAUUUCUAUGAAAUUCUCUCCAAUUUCUGGCGAUCUAGGGGAAAUGUCGAAAAUUCGGCAACGUCGCGAUUUCUAUGAAAUUCUCUCCAAUUUCUGGUGAUCCGGGGAAAUGGUGAAAAUUCGGCAACGUCGCGAUUUCUAUGAAAUUCUCUCCAAUUUCUGGCGAUCUAGGAGAAAUGUCGAAAAUUCGGCAACGUCGCAAUUUCUCUGAAAUUCUUUCCAAUUUCUGGUGAUCCGGGGAAAUGGUGAAAAUUCGGCAACGUCGCGAUUUCUAUGAAAUUCUCUCCAAUUUCUGGCGAUCUAGGGGAAAUGUCGAAAAUUCGGCAACGUCGCGAUUUCUCUGAAAUUCUUUCCAAUUUCUGGUGAUCCGGGGAAAUGGUGAAAAUUCGGCAACGUCGCGAUUUCUAUGAAAUUCUCUCCAAUUUCUGGCGAUCUAGGAGAAAUGUCGAAAAUUCGGCAACGUCGCAAUUUCUCUGAAAUUCUUUUCAAUUUCUGGUGAUCCGGGGAAAUGGUGAAAAUUCGGCAACGUCGCGAUUUCUAUGAAAUUCUCUCCAAUUUCUGGCGAUCUAGGGGAAAUGUCGAAAAUUCGGCAACGUCGCGAUUUCUAUGAAAUUCUUUCCAAUUUCUGGUGAUCCGGGGAAAUGGUGAAAAUUCGGCAACGUCGCAAUUUCCAUAAUAUUUUUGUAUUGCAUAACUCGUAAAUAUCUUUAGGUUUUGUGAGAAACGCUACAUCCGGCAACGUCGCAGUAUCCGUACAGUUAUUUAGAUUCUUCUAGUUCUUUCAAAUCUAGGGAAAAAAAAAAUAAAGUUCGGCAACAUCGCGGUUCCUUAAAUUCUUUCCAGUUUUUAAAGGCAAUUUUUCAAAACCUCGAUUUUCAAGUGAACCCACUACUGCGUUAAGUUUACGUUUGGCAACGCCGCAAUUAUAAUUAAAUACUCGACGUUUGACUACACCGCAAUUUUCCGAUUUCCUUAUAUCGACAAUUUCUUCGUACCUUUAAAUGACAGCUACUCCGUUUUCUUUUUUAGAUGUGACAACAGCGCAAAUUCGAUAAAAGGUUAACUUAUGGUACCGUAUCUAAUUCGUUUUGGAUAAUUACCAUUAUGGUAUCGAUUAGCGGUCCAACAUUUUAUUAACCGCCGUCAAUAAAUAAAUGCGCGGUGUUUCACUUAUUCCGUCUUUCUCUAUUAUAUUAUCUAUUAUAAUAAUGUUUAAAGAAUAGAGAGCAUAACGAAAAUUAACGAUAAUAAAACCGAAAUAAUAAUGAAAAAAACAAAAAUUGAAUUUUUCCCAUAUAAUUUUUACUUAUUCGAAGUGUUAGUAGAAAAAAAAAUAUUGAACGUACCUCGUAUAUAUAUAUUUAUGAAAUUUUUCGGAUAUUUAGGUGUUUUUUUGAGGUUAUGUUUUGUUUUGUUUUGUUAAUUUUUGGUAUGCUUCUAUUAAAUAUUUCACAAUUUGCUUUAUCUCUGUGCUGUAUAAAAUUUUUUCGAUAUUUUUCGUAUAAAGUGUGUACGUCCGUUUUGACAUAUUGUGCGUGCGUGCGUGUGAAUGUUGCUUGAAGGUCGUCUUUCUAAUAGAAUUUUUUAGAAAUAAUUAAUCGGUCUUAGAAAAAUAACGGGUUCAAAAAUGUGGUAAAUUUUUUUGUAUUCGGUCUAAUUACAUUUUGAAAAAAAUUUGUAGUCGAACAAUUUUCCCUCGAAGGUAUGGAAAUUAUCAAAUAUCGACCGUUUCUUUUUUGCAAAUAACUUAAAAUCGUCCUUUGUGGUUUUUCGAAAUGUUUGUUCGCUAUCUGGUGUUUUAGAGUCAUCGCCAUGGUGUUUAUCUUCAAUCGCUUCUACAGCUUAGUAUUGAGAUGAAAUUUUCUCGAUUUUCCUCGUUUUUCAACGACGGUUUUUGGAGUUCUUCUAGUGCAGCUGUUGGACAUCAUCUACAAGCCCUUGUUGCACAUAUACAAUCCAGUCUUCGUACCAUCGAUAAAUGAUUUCGUGUGAUUUACAAGGUGUUUGGUUCUAAGCUAUUCCAGUUCUUGGUUGCUGUUUUAGAGGCAUCUCCAUGGUGUUUACCUUCCAAUUGCUUGGACACCUUGAUGUUGAGGUGAAUUUUUCUCGAUUUUCCUCGUUUUUCAAUAAUGAUUUUUCCUUUUUCGUUCCGUUUGUGAACAAUCCGACUGACAUUUUUCCUUUCAAGCUUCCCAGUACUAUUCGGAAUACUUCUAGUGCAUCUGCAGUCUUCGUACCAUGGAGAUUUUGUUCCUUGCGGUUUUUUUCAAAAUUUUUUUCCAAAUAAUUAUCAAAUUUUUUCAAAAUGUGAUUAAAGUUGAAAUUACCACGAAGAGAUUACUAGACAGUUGUCAAAAAAAUGAAUAAACUCUCGAUGUUUUUUAGUGUGUAAAUUUUUUGUCGCUUAACGACUUCUACGGGGGUCUUACAAAUAAUAUUUCUUCCCUAAAAAUUUUCUAAGAAACGGUAUCGUGUUAAUUUUUUUUUCACGUUAUGUUUAAGACGUUUUUUACUGUUUUUUUAGAAUAUUGAAUGUUUGUAGAUGAAUUUAGGGGCAAUAUUUUUCCUAUUUGUUGAAUUGCGUUAAUAAAAAAAAAUGUAUUUUUUCGUUUUAUUAUAUAUAUUCACCGUUUUUUUUUUUCAAAUUGAUUUUUCUCGUUAAAUAAACCGUUAAAUGUUGAAAAAAAAAUAUGAAAAUGAAAAAUUUUUCGCUUUAGACACACGAUAAAAUUUUUUCAAAAAAUUUUCGCUAUUCUCUAUUGAUUUAUUACGGGGGUGAAUAGUAAAGUUCGUGGAAAAUAUAGUCGUCCAUUCAUUUCGUGGAAAACAAUGUAUCUGAAUGAAAAUUUAUUUUGAUUUUCCGCGUUUGACAAGUCGUAAUGGAGAUUCUGUGAUGUCUACUUAUGUCUGUUUAUAAAAUGGCGGGUUUUUCAUCACAAUGUCGCGGUAUUUCCGAGUAACAGUGAUUUGACAUUGAAAAUACGGUCAAUUUAGUCAAAAAUCCGACAAAUAAUUGACGUAGAUGUCAAAUUUGACUUCGAUUUAUUCAUUUCUAUAGUCACGUGGUCAAUAUUCCGCCAUAUUGUUGGCCAACUACGAUCAAAAAGUUCUUUCUUUUCGUUCUGUGAUGUCCGUUUACAAAAUGGCGGAUUUUUUAUCAAAAUUUCGCGGUAUUUCCGAGUAACAGUGAUUUGACAUUGAAAAUACGGUCAAUUUAGUCAAAAAUCCGACAAAUAAUUGACGUAGAUGUCAAAUUUGACUUCGAUUUAUUCAUUUCUAUAGUCACGUGGUCAACAUUCCGCCAUAUUGUUGGCCAACUACGAUCAAAAAGUUCUUUCUUUUCGUUCUGUGAUGUCCGUUUACAAAAUGGCGGAUUUUUUAUCAAAAUUUCGCGGUAUUUCGAAAUACAGUGACGGAUUCAUUCAUUUUUAAUUAUAAAGCUAGUUUCACAUUGAAAAUACGGUCGACUUAGUCUAAAAUUCGACCGAUAAUUGACGUGGAUGUCAAAUUAACGGAAGUUCAAAUAAAAUGGCGGGUUUUUUUAUCAAAAUUUCGCGGUAUUUUGGAGAAAAUCACGUUUUUUGAUCCUAAAAUUGAAUUUACACUGAAAGUACGGUGAAUUUAGUCAAAAAUCCGGUUACCGGUUACGAAAAUGUAAAAUUUUAUUGUCUACCCCGUAUAUUUACAUUAAAUUUCGUGAUUUAUGGAUCGAAGAUAGAGUUUUUCGUCAAAAUAACAUUUAAAAUUGAAUUUUGUCGGUGUCGUUAUUACUUUUUGAACAUUCUGUGAAUAGUUUUUCGCUGAAAUUUUGUCGUAAAUGUAAUGAUAAUAAUAAUAAUAAUAAUAAUAAUAAUAAUACGAGCACACCAAUUUCGACUAGCGUUCAAAUGCCUUCUAUAUGUUUGAAGAUGCCUUUUUCAGCAAUAGCAUUUUGAAAUUUUCGGUUUUAGUAUUCGAUAUCAAAGAAGAAGAAAAUUACAACAAACAUUGAAAUUAAAUUUUAGAAUUUUUUCAUCGUAUCCUGCCUUUUCUUUCCUAUAUUUUCGAUAAACUUGUUGAAAAAAUCGUAUUUGUGGUUUUUAUUUGAAAAAAUUCGGUUUUGUUCGUAUUUUUUUGCUCCUGUCUCCCCUAUUUUUCGUUUUACACCUUUAACGGGUUAUUUUUUGUACUAAAUCGGAUGAAAAUUCUAUUUUGUAGAUCCGAUUGUGUUUUUGUGCUUUGUUUCAAGAAAAGUUCGUUUUUUUUUCGAAUAUUUCCCACACUUUUCCUUAUUUUUUAUUAUAUUUCCAAAGUGACGCACUAGUGUUGCUAAAUCAACUAAGAAAUCGAUUCUAUAGAAAAAUUCAUUACGUCGUUUGUUGUUUUUUCGAAAAUUUCCUCUACUCUCCCCCAAUUUUUCAAUUAAAACAUGAAAAAUCGAAUCACUACAAGAAUUUAUGACGUCUUGUUGGAAAACUCGGAAUUUUUUCCUCAACUCUCCCCCAUUUUUCAAUAAUUGUCUCAAAUUACGAUUUGUUUGUACUAAAAUUUGUAUAAAAUUGAAUUUUUAUAAAUUUUAUAACUCGUUUUUUGGAAAAAACUCGUUAUUUUUCGAAUCUUUCCUCCACUCUCCCCUAUCUGUCGAUAUUUACCCUCAAUUACGUUUUAUUAGUACGAAAUUUGAUAAAAGUUGAACUUUACUCCAAUCUCCCCUAUUUUUCCUUUCCAUAACUUACGGGGUACGUUCUGAAAGUAGGAAAACUGAUGGAAAAUUCAGUAUGCAAAACAAUUUGUGAUUUUUCUUAUAAAAAACUAGUUUUUAUCCAAAUAUUUCCUCAACUCUCCCCCAUUUUUCAAUAAAUAUCUCAGAUUGCGAUUUAUUUGUACUAAAUUUUGAGUAAAAUUGAAUUUAUAAAAAAUCUUGUGACUCCUUUUUUGGAAAAACUCUUUAUUUUUCAAAUCCUUCCUCCACUCUCCCCCAUUUGUGUCGAUAUUCGCCCUCAAUUACGUUUUAUUAGUACGAAAUUUGAUAAAAGUUGAACUUUACUCCAAUCUCCCCUAUUUUUCCUUUCCAUAACUUACGGGGUACGUUCUGAAAGUUUCGGUGUUUUCGAACGAUUUUUUUUUUGAAUCCUUUGCUCUAUUUAUGACUUUCAUGACACCUCGUGAACUACAGUUGCUUUCCAUCGACACCAAAACUCAUUUUUUUUCUAACUUGUGACGUCACGCUCUAACAGGUGAGAAAAAUUGAGUUUCCACUAGCAAUCUGCUCAAGCUUGAGCCUCAAUAUUCGCGAACUUAAAUCGAAAGUGAGGUUAAGGACAUCGCGUCGCCAUAUCUUGUCGUACAAACGGUCGAAUCACCAAUGAUAACGUCGAAUCUUAUUUUAUUUACUAUAUAAUGACGUCAUUAAUUCCGUAUAAGAUACUGUGUGCGAAAGCGGCGAUUAUUCUUGGAAUUUUCGAUGUUUUUUGUGAUUAACUUCUUCGGAUAUUAAUACUAAAGCCCCGGUAGAAUAAGUGUCUCGUUUUUUUUUUGUGUUACGUCGUUAGUGGAAAAAAAUUUGGAUUUUGCUUGUCGCCAUGUGGUAGUUGUAUGUAUGCUUGUAUAUAAUUCAGUAUAUGGGCAUAUAUAGUAUAUUUCGACUAAUUUAUUUUAAGAUUUUUUUCUCUUUUUAAUGUACAUAUCUGUAUUGUUGAAUGGUCAAUAUAAAUGAAUAUAAACACAA